AUGGCCUUCCAGCACAUCCAAGAAAUCCUCGACGAACACGAAAGGGAAGGAUAUAAUAUCGAUGCUGAAGACCUCGACAGUGAAGAGCCCGCUCCCCCUUCUGAGGAAUUGGUGCACGAGCCCGAAAUUGGAUUGAAUUUCGCUGCCAUCCUCAAGAAGGGUCCUCCAGAGAAAAAGAAAGAGAAGAAGCAAACUUUCUUCUUGUGCAACGCAAAACUUUUCCCCAUCAUGGGAAUGCGCUCGAAGAGGAGACGAAGAAGAGGACAUGGAAUUGAAAGUGAUUUAGAAACUCCCGAGAAAAAUAACUGGAGUUCGAGGAAGAUGAAUUUGAGUUUGAGGAAGACGAAUGGGAAACAGGAAGAGGAUGAAGAGGAAAAAGUUCCUCUUCAGGAAAAGGUGGAAGAACCUUCAAAGGAGGAGGAAUCAGACCGUCAAGAGGAAAACUUCAAAGAAUCUGAGGAACAAGAGGAAACGCCCCGUCUCACCCUGAAGGAAUCUGUAAAAGAAAAUGUUUUUCACGAAGAAAAGGAGGAAAAUGAUUGUCCUAUCCUCCCGCCCCCGGAAGACAAAGCCAAUGGACUGGAAGGAGUGGAAGCGAAGGUACAGGAAGAAUCAGAAAAAUGUCUUUGCAACAUAGCAAAGAUUCUUCCUGUGCCGAAAAGUGCCGCCCCCGCGGAAAACUCUCUGGCAAAACCAACUGGCUCAAUUAAAAACCCUGAGGUAACACGACCUACAAAGGGAGAUAACUGGAAAAUGACACGACCCCAAAGAUGUGGACCUCUUAAACAGUGUGGAGGAAAGCCUUCUCCUUCCACUGUGAGAACGACCUGGACAUGGGUCAGAUCAUUGGCAAAGGAGGGAAAUUUGCCAAGUUGGCCAGGCAAGAUCACGGGGUCGUCAUGA